GGACGGACGGACGGACCGAGCGAGCGUCGUUCGCCGCAGCUUUUCGCCGGGACUCCAGCGCCGUGGGCACGAUGUCGGGUGUCUCCCGCGCGCUCUUCUGGGCGGUCGUCGGCUUGGCCGCGCUCGGCGCGCUGUCGGCGGACAACACCACCACCGUCGCGACCCCCAACGUGACUGACCCCUCGAGCGAGACGCCCACCAAGCCGGUCCCGACGGAGGUGACGACCUUGUCUCCUCACACCGUGGCACCAGAAACCUGUGAAAGCUACAACAACUGUUUUUCCUGUGUUAAUACUACCAUUCAUAAUACAACCUGCUUUUGGAUAGCAUGUAAAGAUAAGAGUUACUGUGUACAGAAUUUAACAGCUCAUAAUUGCAGCCAGGUGAACAGCACUGACUCCUGUUCUGUGCCUACUGAUACUCCAGUGCCAACCAAUUCUACAGCUAAACCCACAACUCUGCCUUCAUCUUCAACACCUUCUCCCACAGCUGUUACAUCAGGUGCAGCCAAUACCACUUUGACUCCAACCUCAGAACCUGCACGGAAAUCCACCUUUAAUGCUGCCAGCUUCAUUGGAGGAAUUGUCCUUGUCUUGGGUGUACAGGCUGUCAUUUUCUUUCUUUAUAAAUUCUGCAAAUCUAAGGAACGAAACUACCACACUCUGUGAACAGAUCCGCUGAGUUGAGGAGGACUGGCAGUGCAUCUGUGUAGCUCACUGAAACCAAAAUACUACCUGUCAAGUCCCCCACGGAGGAAGCUGGUCCAGGAUCUUUCAGCUUCCAAAGGAUUCCUACAGGAUGUUUUGGAGCCUCAUCCUUGAAUGAAAGCCAGUUAGACCAUUUUGCUCCACAGGAAUGUUUGAAGUACCUGCACGAGUCCCUGCGGCAUAUUAGGCUCUUGUCUCCAAGUGGCUGCUGCUGUGGGGUUCUGUCUCUUUCCUUGACAUGCCAAAUGUAACUUUCUGUAAUGGAAAAUGUUGUCCCCUGCAGACGACCUCCUGACUGGCAGUUUAAAUUUAGUCAUUUUAAAACCUGAAAUUGCAUUAUUUUCAUCGUAGCACAAGAUGUAAUUCAGCGGCCAGAGUUGAGAAUAGUGCCAAGUGAGCAUCAAGCAGGUGGACUCUGGCUGUUAUUUCAGAAGUAGAAUAUAUUUGUUGAGUUAGUACUAAAUUGUAUCCUUAGAGUAAAAUUUUGUGCUUGAUAAGUUAUUUUUUCUACAUUAGAAAUAAGAGGCUACACAGGGAAUUACAUUCCAGAUUUAAAGAAAUGAAAGGAUACAAACCAUUAAUGUGUAACAGGUGGUGGUUCAUACUCAAAGCACCUUACUGAGAAAACAGAACAGUGCCUUAGACUGGAAGGGAGGAGGAAGCAGUAACAGCGUGUGAUUGGUUCCUUUACAUUAGGAAGGUAAGGUUAGUCUGAGAAUGUAACUGUUGAUGUGAGCAGUAGUAAGUCUGCUUUUAGAUAGCAUACUGUUAAUAUUUAAUUAAAAACCUUGUUUUGUCCAGAGUGGAGAAGUGUAAGCUAAAGAAUAUCCUGAGCUGAAAGCCCUCAUAGAUUAAGCCUCCCAACAUUUCUUUAGGACUGUUGAAUAGAGAUAGAUUUGAUUCAAUUAUCUUUCCCUUUGAACACACAAAAUAAAAACCUUGAAACUAUUGUACCUUGAAAGGAUCUCCGAACUUUCCUGAAAAGUAACUUAACACGAGGCAAGAAGGAAAUGCUUUAAAUUAUCAGCUCUCUAGAUGAGACAGUCGCCUUACGUUUUCAAACAUAAAAUUUGACCUGUGUAAUUUCAGAAAACAUUAGGAUUUUUUGGUAAAAUUACUGUAGAUGAUUGCCCUUGGUAAAUAGAUAUUUCUGGCUUUCUCUUCUCUCUCUUCCUCCUCCUUGGUUUCAAUUCCCAUAGUAUAAUCAUGCAUAGUUGUCAUAAAGCACUAAUUUCUUUAGUUUUAGAGAGCCUUCCCUGACACAUUGGAUUAGUUCAGAGGCACUUAAUGGUUGGAAAUGGGCUUCUGGUUUCCUAGGUCAUUGAAGUCUUUGUUUUUUAGUUUCUUUAGUGUAGCUGAGUUGAGCACUUGGUUUUCAGUAUUUUAUUGCAGGAAAUGACGAAUUGCUUUGGUUUGUUUCAUAAAUUGAAAUUCCUUGUAUUCUUAAAAUGAAGUAAACUGUUACUUUGUCACAUGCUGGUACAGCUCAAGUUUAUUUUCCUUGCACAUUUGUACAUACACCUAAUGUUUUCAAGUGCCUUAAUUGUUUAAAAUCUCUGGCUUCAAAAGUUUUUGGGGAAAGAUAGGUUUACCUCACUUUGUUUUGUGUUUUCAUUAGUAAUACUUAGGUACCUCACAAAACUUACUAUGGUGCCACAGUUGUUAGUUUUUGGAGAGUGCUGAAAUUCGUUUGAAAAUACACAAAAUUUUCAUCCUUUACAAGGUGGCAAAGGUUAGGUACAAUAGUGUAAUUGUCAUUUACCAGGUAUGAAUUCCUUGCCAUGCAUUCAUGUCAACACAUGUAGCAAAUUCUGUGAAAAUUAACAAUUUGAAGCUUCUGUAAUUUUUAGCACUACUCAAGCAAGUCUCCAGAUGAGCUCUUUUGCUGACUCUUUCCCUCUUUGUUGAGCAUCGUAUCUUGAGCCAUUGAUAAUUUUUGGGUUUUUUAAUCCAGAAGGUAUGUAGAAUGCUUUUCAGAUUUUUCAUCUGAUUGGUUCGUGCUGGUGUAUCUGUCAGAGCGCUUACUCUGCCUUACAGAUGGUUGUUGCACGAGCAGACACUGCUGUACUUAGACAUUUGUACUUGAGUUCAUGCAAAAUUACAAAACCAAUCUAUAUCUGUACCAAACUGAUUAAAAUAAAUCUACAAGUUUAUUGAA